AUGCGUCCCAAAUCUCUCUCUGUUCAAUAAAUGCUAGUCUGCAUUGUGAGAAUCCGCAAUUAAUUCUUCUCCUUAUUCGCCUAUUUCUUAUAUCAAUUGUGCGUAAAUUGUAAAACCUCAGAAUAAGAAAUCUCUGCAUUAACUCCCUCAAUUUUUUUGGGACAAUUUUUACUUUCAAUGAUGAUUCAAUUCUUCCUAUGCUCAAUCGUGUCAGUAUUUAUUGCAAGAACCAGCUUGAAACUUGCUGAUUCUUGUCCUUCCCCUUCAGACCCACUUACCCAUUAAUUUCCCCUCUUUCAAUUUUAGUUGAUUGAGAUAAUGUUUCCCCUUUCGCAUGGCUUUCCUCCUCCUUUCUCUGUAAUUCGCUCUGAAAAUUUGCAAGGGAAGGAUCUAGGUUCUUUCUUUCACUCUGGUCACUAGAGGGUGGGGUGUCCCUGCCUCUGAUUUUGAAAGUUGUGAGAUGGGAAGAGCGCCUUGUUGCGAUAAGGGGCUAAAGAAAGGGCCGUGGACAUCAGAAGAAGAUGAGCUUCUUAUCAAUUAUAUCAAGCAAAACAAUGGCCAUGGAAGCUGGAGAUCGCUCCCCAAGCUUGCAGGUCUUCUACGAUGUGGGAAGAGCUGCCGUUUGAGGUGGACAAACUAUCUAAGACCUGAUAUCAAACGUGGCCCCUUUACCACCGAGGAAGAGAAGCUUGUUAUUCAGCUCCAUGGAAUUCUCGGAAACAGGUGGGCUGCUAUUGCUUCUCAACUACCAGGAAGAACAGACAACGAAAUCAAGAACUUAUGGAACACCCACCUCAAGAAACGUCUUCUUUGCACAGGCAUUGACCCUCAGACACAUGAACCCUUCAACUCUCGCAGCUCCUUCUCUACAGCACCGGCAUCACCGAGCACCCGCCACAUGGCACAGUGGGAGAGUGCUCGGCUCGAAGCCGAAGCUCGACUUUCAAAGGAAUCAUCACUCUUCACCCUCCUCCCCACGGAAAGAACAACUGAUUCUGACUUUUUUCUUCAAAUAUGGAACUCUGAAAUUGGUGAAUCAUUUCGUAGGUGCAGGGAAGACAAAACAACAUGCCAAAGCCAAAGUCCCAUAUCCUCAUCAACUAAAUACGAGUCGGUUUUCGUCGUCGCUACCGACAACGUAGUCGAUUACACCGGUGCCUCCUCAGCCAUGGAAAGCAAUAAUGAAAAUGAAGAAACGGAAUACAAAAACUUCAAACCAAUAGCUGACAUUCUGAUGUCGAAGUCUGAUUCAUCGAGUGUGAACGAGUUCGAGGAGUCAUCAGACAGUGCAUUCGAACUGCUUCUUGACUUCCCCAUUAACAAUGACAUNAGCUUCUAGGAAGAAAAAG